AUGAGUUGGGCGAACAGACAAAAGGGGUUCAAUGACCUGUUUGUUGGCCAGUUGCAGCUUUUGGGGGUAGAGCUCCUGCAGCCGUUGGCACAGGUGGACCGCGCUGGUUGCCAGGCGCGCCAUGUUGCCAAUGUCACGAUGCACCUCACCGAUAAAUCGCACAGGAGGAAAGUCACAGACGAGACGCCGACCUUACACGAAACAUCGUCUAACAAAAUAGCUGUCACCACAAUUGUCUCUGUACAG